AUGUCUUCCAACGGAGAUUCCUCUGAGGCUGCACCUAAGCCUUCUCUCACAGACCGUGAGCUUGAAAUCCUCAAGCUCGCCUGGAACUGCAUGAAAGCCCCUCCCGAGAUCGACUGCCACGCUCUGGCCACCGCCUGUGGUAUGAGCAACCAUCGCUCCGCCAGCAACGCCUGGGGCGCCAUCAAGAAGAAGCUCUUCAUCAACAUGCCCGCCCCCGUCGAUGAGGACGGCAACCUCAUCGCGACCCCCUCCAAGCGCAAGCGCGCCACCCCGGCCAAAAAGAAGGCCGCCCCUGCCCCUACCGCCGAUGAGGGUGAUGAGCUCGCCGGCUCGGACGGCGAGGAGAAACUCGUUGUCGAGACUCCCAAGAAGAAGCGUGCCACGCCCGCCAAGAAGAAGGCCGCUGCUGCUGCCACCGCCGCCGAUGAAGAGGGCGCCGACGAGGAGGAGGAGGCCCCUGAGACCCCUGCCAAGAAGAAGCGCGGCCCCGCCAAGCGCAAGACUCCCGCCAAGGGCAAGAAGGCCACCGCUGCCGCCGAUAACGAGGAGGAGGGCGAAGCUCCCGCCGAGGAUGCUGGCGAUGAGGCUCCUGCUGCCGACGUCGCCAAGCUCGAUGUCAAGGAUGAAGUCAAAGGCGAUGUCGACAUGGAGAAGGGCGAGGACCCGAAUGAAAUCUAA